AUGGACGAGUACGAUUAUAUUAUUGUCGGCGCAGGCAUCGGCGGCCUGGUGCUGGCCAACCGACUCAGCGAGGAUCCCUCCGUGAAGAUCCUGCUGAUCGAGGCCGGGGCCAACCGCAUGGGGGAUCCUCGUAUCGACACCCCUGGCUUCAUGGGGACCUUGUAUGGCCACCCGGAUUUCGACUGGGAUUACAUGAGUGUUCCUCAGGCACGUCCAAGACCCUUGCGCGCAGCUCUUUACAGUUCAUACCCCUGCAGCUGCUUAAUCCUUCCACCGCAGCGGCAGAUCGCCCAGCCGCGCGGGCGCGUCGUCGGCGGUUCUUCGGCCAUGAACUUCUCCGUGAUCGUGUACCCGUCCACCUCCAACUUCGACGCCUGGAAGGAGCUGGGCAACGACGGCUGGGCCGCCGCGGAUAUGGCGCCGUACCUGCGCCGCUUCCACACAUACUCGCCGCCCACGGCGGCAACGGCGGAGCUGCUGGGCGUGGACCGGUACAUGGACCCGCAGAACCAGGGCAGCGACGGGCCGCUGCCGGUGUCGCUGCCGGACGUGUACGGGCCGCUCAACCAGGCGUGGGACGAGACCUUUGCGCGGCUGGGCUGGCAGUCGGACGCGGAUCCGAUCGCGGGAAAGAAGAUCGGAGCCUUCACGGCGCCGCUGUCGGUGGACGCGACCACGGGCAAGCGCGGUUACGCGGCGGCGUACUAUACUCCGGAGGUGGCGGCGCGGCCGAACCUGCACUUGAUGGCGGAGACGCUGGUCGAGAGGAUCGUGCUGGAGAAGGGCGCGGAGGUGGUCGCUCGCGGGGUGCAGGUGUCCACCAAGGAUGGACCGAAGGAGAUCCGCGCGAAGAAGGAGGUCAUCCUGUGCGCGGGCAGCUUGAACAGCCCGCAGCUGCUGGAACUGUCCGGCAUCGGCCACGCGGACCUGCUGCGCCAGCACGACAUCCCCGUGGCGGUCGACCUGCCCGGCGUCGGCGAGAACCUGCAAGACCACUGCCUGACGACGAUCAACUUCGAGAUCGCCGACGGGCAGGUCUCGGGCGACAUCCUGCGCGACCCGACCGUGGUGCAGGCGCUGGUGAAGCUGUACGAGGAGACACGGAGCGGGCCGCUAGCCGGCAUGCCCAUCAGCAUGGCGUACCUCCCGUUCGUCGACGGACAGGGUGCCGUGCCAGCAGACAAGGUGGAGGAGCUGCUGGCGCAGCAUCUCGACGGCAAGGACUACGCGCCCGCGCUGCAGAAGCAGUACGACGUGCUGCGGAGGAUGCUCCAGGACGGCUCGGAUGCGUCGUCGCAGUACUUGUUGCUGCCGGCCCAGCUGCACAUGAAGCCCGGGCCGACGACGAUGGCGGACGUGCUGGCCAAACAGCUGCCGGGCAACUACAUCAGCAUCAUGGUCCUGCACAACCACCCGUUCUCGCGGGGGUCGGUGCACAUUUCGUCGGCACGGGCGACGGACAAGCCCGUUUACGACCCGAACUACCUGUCGCACCCGCUGGAUCUGGAGAUCCUGGCGCGGCACACGCAGUUCGUCGACCAGAUUGUGCGGACGGCGCCGUUCGCGGACCUGCUCAAGGGCGCGCGCAUGCCCGAGAACACAGCCGACCUGAGCGAUCUGGAGCAUGCGAAGGGGGUAGUCAAGGAGCGGCUGUUUACGUGUUUCCACCCGGCGGGAUCGUGCGCCAUGCUGCCGCGGGAGAUGGGAGGGGUGGUCGAUUCGAGGCUGAAGGUAUACGGGACCAGCAAUCUACGCGUCGUCGACGCCAGUGUGUUUCCGCUGGAGCCGGCGGGCAAUAUCCAGGCGGCCACGUAUGCUGUUGCCGAGAAGGCGGCGGACUUGAUUCUGUGUAAAUAA